UCUUCCUCCGCGGCGGGCGGGGGGGUCCGCCCGCCCAAGCGCUUCCGUCGGGGCCGGCUGCGGCUCAGCCAUGGGGAAGAAGCACAAGAAGCACAAAGCCGAGAAGGCAGAAUGGCGCUCGACCUCCGCCACCGCCUACAGCGAUUAUGUGGACAAGCCUUUGGAAAAACCCUUAAAGCUGGUUCUUAAAGUUGGAGGCAGUGAAGUUACUGAACUCUCUGGGUCAGGGCAUGACUCUAGUUACUAUGAUGAUAGAUCAGAUCAUGAGCGAGAACGACAUAAAGAAAAGAAGAAAAAAAAGAAGAAAAAGUCAGAGAAAGAAAAAGAAAAGCAUCUAGAUGAUGAGGAAAGAAGAAAGAGAAAGGAAGAGAAAAAGAGGAAAAGGGAGAAGGAACAGUGUGAUACUGAAGGAGAAACUGAUGACUUUGAUCCUGGGAAAAAGGUGGAGGUUGAACCUCCUCCAGAUCGUCCUGUCAGAGCAUGCAGAACUCAGCCAGCUGAAAAUGAGAGCACACCAAUCCAGCAAUUACUAGAACACUUCCUUCGCCAGCUUCAAAGGAAAGAUCCUCAUGGGUUUUUUGCUUUUCCAGUCACGGAUGCCAUUGCUCCUGGAUAUUCCAUGAUAAUAAAACACCCUAUGGAUUUUGGUACGAUGAAGGAAAAAAUUGCAGCAAAUGAAUACAAAUCAGUCACUGAAUUCAAGGCAGAUUUUAAACUGAUGUGUGAUAAUGCAAUGACUUACAACAGACCGGAUACUGUUUACUACAAGCUAGCCAAGAAGAUACUGCACACAGGCUUUAAGAUGAUGAGCAAAGAACGGCUGUUAGCUUUGAAGCGCAGCAUGUCGUUUAUGCAGGACAUGGAUUUUUCUCAGCAGGCAGCUCUUUUGGGCGAUGAAGACACAGCAGUUGAAGAACCUGUUCCUGAAGUUGUUCCUGUACAAGCAGAGACUACCAAGAAAUCCAAAAAGCAAAAUAAAGAAGUUAUUAGAGAGAAAUUCUUAGCUAAGCAAAUGGAAGAAGAUAACCCACGAGAGAGAAAUGGAUUUGGUGUGAGGAGAUGCUCUACCCAGUACCUAAGCUGCAUUUUUGAACCUGAGGGGAAUGCAUGCAGCCUGACCGACAGCACUGCAGAAGAACAUGUCCUGGCACUAGUGGAACAUGCAGCAGAUGAAGCUCGGGAUAGGAUCAAUCGAUAUCUACCCAACAGCAAGAUUGGUUAUCUGAAAAAAAAUGGAGAUGGAACUUUAUUAUUUAGUGUUGUAAAUUCAUCUGAUCCAGAAGCAGAAGAGGAAGAAACUCACCCGGUGGAUCUGAGUUCACUGUCAACCAAAUUAUUACCUGGCUUCACUACACUGGGUUUCAAAGAUGAACGAAGAAAUAAAGUAACCUUUCUUACUAGUGCCAAUACAGCACCUUCCUUGCAAAACAACUCUAUAUUUCAUGAUUUGAAACCAGAUGAAAUGGAGCUCUUAUACUCAGCAUAUGGUGAUGAAACUGGGAUCCAGUGUGCCUUAAGCUUACAAGAAUUUGUGAAGGAUGCUGGAAGUUACAGCAAGAAAAUAGUUGAUGAUCUUCUGGACCAGAUCACUAGUGGUGACCAUUCCAAAACUAUUUAUCAGCUAAAGCAGAGGCGAAACAUCCCAGUAAAACCACUGGAUGAAGUUAAAGUUCUGCCAGUUCUUAUAAAAGAAGAACACAAGUUGCGUAAUACCUGUCUGGAUUCUUCCAAACAAAUUAUGGUUGGAGAUUCUGCUGGAGACAGUAACACUUCUGACUUGGACUUUCUCUCCAUGAAGCCAUAUUCAGAUGUAUCUCUUGAUAUUUCUAUGUUAAGUUCGUUAGGAAAAGUGAAGAAGGAGCUUGAUCAUGAUGAUAACCAUCUACAUCUGGAUGAAACAACUAAACUGCUUCAGGACCUUCAUGAAGCUCAGGCUGACAGAGUGGGAUCCCGGCCAUCGUCCAAUUUGAGUUCCCUCUCCAAUACCUCUGAAAGAGACCAACAUCAUCUUGGAAGCCCAUCUCAUCUGAGUGUUGGAGAACAGCAAGACAUGGUUCAUGAUCCCUAUGAAUUUCUUCAGUCUCCAGAAACAUCAAAUGCUACUAGUAACUAAUACGACAUGUACUAUAUUUAUUUUGUAUUUUAAUUGUAUUAUGUUUUUGUAACGUUUUUGUCCAUGACAGAAACUGCAUUUUUGUCCUCUUUUCUAUGAGGAUUGCUGUAUAAUAUCAUGUAUACAGGAUUAAACAAGCAAACGUAUAAAAACCCCAACCCCAAACUAAUUAGUGCAUAAUGUUGUUAGCAAUGUACCAAGAACUGCUUUCAUUUUGUUUGUUAAGGGAGAGUGUUAUUUACUGGUGUGUGAAUCUUGCCUGAAAAGCAGCAAAUAAUGUGUUAGAAAAAUUUAUAUUUUAUAGACACUGAAAAGUGAUGAUUUUCCCAAAAUCAUGGCAACAGUCGUUAAAUGUUUGCAGUACAAUUACCAACUAGUUCUGUAGAUAAUUGUUCUGUUCUCUACUGUUCAGGUUAAGACCUGAACAACUCCAAGGAAGAACAAAGAACUGCAUGAAUUGGGAUUAUUAUUGUGUUUUUCAUCUCCAAAUGCUAAUACUCUGUAGAAAUUGUUUUAAACAUUUCCCCAUAUUUUAAAAUAUUUUUUUAAUCACAGCAGAGAGCACUUCAUUUGAGAGUAACAGUACUUGGGAGUUCCAGUAGAAUGCUCAUUUACAUAACUUCUACCCUAGAUUUGAAAAAGAUUAAUGUUUUUGUGAUCCCUUGUAUCUUGAAACAUAAAGAAAAGAUAAUACUUGUAUUUUUUAAUAUGAUGUGUAUAUGUCAUAGGGUGAAAAAAAUACUGGAUAAGGUGUGCUUUUCAAUAAUUCCAAAAUAAAACUUUUAUAAUACAUCAAUACUUGAAACUGAGGGGUUUUGUACUGUUGCUAUUUGCAAGCAGACAAAUGUUAUGAAUUUACAUUAUUUUGUAACUAUUAAUAAAAAUAGAAAAGCAGUUUUGAUGUAUAGCAGAUCUGUUGUUCUUGCCAGGGAGAAGUUUGCUUCCUUAUACUAAGUCUGAAAUACUAAAGAGUUUUGGGUUGAAUUCAUGUGCUGCUUCAAAAGAUGAAUUUCAUCAUGCCACAUACAGCUAUAAACAAAAAAACCUUUUCAUUUUAGUAACCUCCUCAGUUUUUAGUAACCAUUAAGGAAGUCAGAUAACUGGUAGUAAAGUCUUGAUAGAAUCUAAAUAGGAAAAUUGUUUUAUUCCAAGCGGGAGUGCUGAAGAAAGAACACGGUGAGGUUUUUCUGCCUGGGAGUUGUUAGGAAUAUGUGUGGCACUGUGCUUGGGCUGCUUUGCUGCUCCUGCAUUCUGAUGCAUCAUGACCAUGGGUUCUUGGAAGUGACAUGGAUGAUCAGCUGCACUGUGGCAGUGUUGUUGGCGAGGAUUUGCAUGGACACACAGCCUUGUGUCGGUUUGCAGCUUCCCUAAACUAUUUCAAUUGAAAAGUGUCUUUAAAUCUAAUGUGCUUUUGCUCUCUAGUAAGUCUGAUUUCUCAUACAGUAAAUAUAAAUUGAUUCCUGUAAUAGACUCUAAAUUUAGUUACAGAUGGUGAGGAAAUUUUUACUGAAGCACUUGCUGUUGAAUUGGCUGCCUUAGCUCUUGAAUAAAAUUCCACAGAAUGUUUAAAAUACCCCUCUAGAGGAAUGUGCUGGUUUGUUCUGUUUUUUUGUUUGAACUGCAGUGUUUACUACUGAAAACUGAAAUAGUGUGCAGUAUCUUAUUUGAUAUCUUCACCUGGAUUUUAGGCAGAAUGCAUUCAAACUCUGUGGAUCAGCCUUUAUGGGCUCCAUGAGCUGGUUGUAUAAGAGGCUGGAUGUUGUUUGCAUCAUUACUGUACCAGAGAGCACUUUGUGCCUGAGGAAGGUUUGCUUAUUUAUUCAGCCUAUCUGACCCUUAAGCAAUGUUAGUUAUGCUCAGCAAUCUCCAGCUUCUGUUCCAUGGGUGCUGGACAAUCCUUUCACUAGGCCUGCUGCCUGCAUUCCCAUUCAGGGAAAAAAUGCUUUUAGGACUAAAACUUCUUCCUAGAAGCAAAGAUAAAUGUUUUUGCUGUGGUGCCUUCUCAAAAGACAUAGGCAUGUACUGGCAGAUAUUGACUUGUAACCUGUUUGCUGAAUGUACUGAGACACAUGAUUAGACUCACGAAAUGCCACAAGAAAAGCUUUCAUGUUUCUUUGAGAAAUCGCAUUCUUCUAACUUUUAUAGAAAGAUUGGACUCUUGAGUUUGCAGCCUCUGGUAAAAAAAUGCUAAAAUUUUAAAUUAAGUGGUUGAAGUAACGUCUUUCAGUCACUUGUUUGUCAUGGUGCAUUUUUACUGAUUCUUGGGCUAAAAGAGAAUCUCUUCCUCCUCUUCAUUGUUGGUGUAUGUGCCUAUGCUUGUACCAGUGGUACACUGUUUCAUCUUCCAAAUUAUUCUGGUUUAUUUGAAGAAAAGCCUUAAGAAGAAAUUUGCCUGUUCUUUCCUUACUUAAUUAAAGGGUAAAAAAUUCCCUAAGCCAUGUCUUAUUUGCUCUUGUCUCUGCAGGUGGUAAGUUCAUAUACACAGAAAAGCUUUGAACUAGUAAAGGCCUCUAAUCUUAUGGUCCUAUUUAAAUACUAAGGAUUUGAAAAACUUGAUUUAGUUCUGUGAAUUUAUUUAACAUAUAUCAUUAUUUAUUUAAUCCGAGAUAAACACCAUUUCUUUCCAGUGUGUUUGAUAUUUCCUGUUUGGCUCAUUUGGGAGAUGGCACCCUGUUCAAAUCUGUAAUACAUAACAUGUAACAUCUUCUAGCUAGGUGGCACCAUAUGUCAAUAAACUUUAUGUGAAUUCCCAUCAGUUGGAAUAUGCUGCAUUGAAAUAGAGGGGAAAUUCCUUGGUUGUUUUGUAAAGUCAACCCAGGGUUUCUAUAAAAAACUUAAGAAAAUUAAAUGCAUUUUUUCAAUUUUUCCCUGUAAUAACUGCUGUGUCAAAAAGUGUAUUGCACUAAGGAUGUAAGCAAUGUUAAGAGAAAUUGUAAGUCUGUUCUUCUACAAUGUAGAAAUAUGUCAAUGAAAAUGUGAAAUGGUCUAAAUAACUGAUUAUUCUUUUCUCUUUUGUAUGUCUAUCAUCAAACUCGUGUUUUAGCACAAUCAUCUUCAGUGGCAGCAAAGGGAAUGUUGAGACUGUAUUGCACAUAUAGCAAGCAUCUUUGUAAACAAGAAUUCAGCAUGGAGCAACUUCAUUCCACUCUCUGAGAUGCACAAGUACAGGGAUAGAAUUUACCUGAAAAUAUUAGAUGAAAAAUAAUUAAAAAAAAAAAUCUUUCUAA